AUGCCUCGGAGACAGCGCUCAAAGGUCAACAAGAGACCAGAAAUCGGCACUUUGAACUGCAGCUGGGGAAUGUUUUCCAAAGCCAACGCCUUAUUCCGACAAUACGAUGUCGAUGUAGUGGUCAUUGCAAGGAGACCCGAUGGUGGUAUAGGAGGCUAUCAAUCGCGUCCUGGUCUAGCUCGGGACUUCCUACAGAUCAACGAGCAGGAUCUGCUUGGGCCUCAUGAGGUGGAUCCCUAUAUGUCCAAACCAAGCAAGGGGGUCGCGGUCCUAAGAGCUAUGAGCUCGUCGAGAUCCUCGUCAUGUCUCGACUCGACAGAAAAUCGCUCGUCGAGAUCGUCGUCAUCAUGUGUCGACUCGAUAGGAAGCGAAACAUCACCCGGCAUCAUGGAGGAAGCAGAGCCUGGUGUCGCGCUUCUGAAUAUUGUACGUACUCCUCACUGUGAGGAGGGGGAGGGGUUCAUGGAAGAGCCCUUGCAUCCAUGGGCUGAGGUUCACAGCAUCCCAAAUGCCCAGCGCUGUGCCUCCCCAGAAACCAUUUGUCCCAUUCGCAUCACAAAACCGGCCAAGCAGUCUAGUCACAAGACAAAGGAGGACAUUCGCCAACCAACUCCUUUGUCUAGGAUCAAGAGAGAGGAAAUCCUAGCACUCAUCAAGAAGUUCGAAUGA